AUGAAUUAUGAAGAUGCAUUGAAAAUUGCAGCAAAAGAAGAAGUAAUUAUCAUUUUAUAUAAGAAAAGGUGGCUUUUUUUGGAUAAUGUUCUAAGUUCAAAGAUAGACCAUCUGAUCCAGCUCCAGUUGAUAGAGCAAUACAUUUCCUCUUUUUGAAGGAGAAUGUAAUUUACUUCAUUCUUCCACAACUUAGAAUGUAGAUAGAAAGACAGCUUUACAAUUUGGAAUGCGAAGACUAUGUAAAAUUGAUAGUACUAGAUAAUUUGAUGGUCCUUCUGAUUACAGAAUCAUGAAGACAAAUAAAUUACUCUCUGGAGCAAUAAAUGGUUGGUAUAACGGAGCUGCUGAGGCUAAGUUUGAUUUAGGUUCUGGUUUUACUAUUGAUGUUGGCAAUAAACAAGACUAUAGUUUUCAAUUGAAAAAUAAUAAUCCUAUUGAUUUAAGAGUAUAAACUUCAGAAAGAGAUAAGAUUAUUAUGUAAAGGUUUGAAUUCUCAAAGUUUAAUACAUAGAGAUUGACGUAAGAAUUAUGUAAAUUAAAAGAGGAGACUUAAUAAUAAAACAAUUAGCCAAAAUUAUAUGUUGAAGUAGCUGGAUAAAAGAUAUUUCAUCUUCUCAAUUAAGACAAUCAUAAACCUUCUCUACUAUAAGAAUUUAAAGCUUUCUCAACUAUUGAAGAUAUAGUGAGACUCCAUGAAGUUAAAUCACUUGAUAAGAUUGAAUCAACUAGUAAUCUUCAAGAAUCGAGUAUCUCAAGAUUGAGAUAAAGAGCUAUGACUAAUUUAAAUGAUUAAAAAUAGAUUUUACUAUAAAAAAAGAGAUUGUCAGCAUAAACAGAAGAAGACUCUUAGAAGAUUUACAAAAAAUUAUUAAAACAAUUAAGAUCAGAUGAUCAAUUUAUAAUAUCUUCUAAGAAACCUAAAGAGGAAUCUAUACAUCAUUAUAGACUAUAAAUUAAUCAUCCAAAUACUUCUAGAAGAAAUUCACAAUAGUCUUUUUUUUUCAAUCUUACUAAUAAAUAAACAAUUCAAUUGAAUACUAGUAAUAGUAAUUCACAAUAAAAUUUUGAUUCAAAUUAUAAGAAACCUUUAACUCAACGUACUUCAUAAUUAGAAAAUUCUUAAGGUUGUUUAGAAUAGAAAGUAGAAAACUUUAUUAAAUAAAAGCUUAUUAUUUAAAAUUCAAAGUCAUUAUCUCCAGAAAUAGAUUGUACUAAUUUAAAAUAAAAAUAGGAUGUAAUUGAAUUAGAUUAAUUUUAGAUAUUCAAAUAAUUGAGAUUAAAAGAAAUUCAAAGAAUAUAGAAAGUAAGAAUACAUUCUUAGAGAUGA